AUGGACUAGAGCUUGUUGCCCGCUGCGAGAAGGUCGAGAAUCAUCAUGGAGAGCCAUGACUCUCGUCCAUACAACUCAGAGCAAGAGUGAAUCAACAUUUCUCGAUCCAGGUGGGCGUGGGAGAAAUGGCGUGUGGGCUGAGUGGUGGUGGUGGUGUGCGAGGCCCUGGUCGCUGCCCCGUAGCUGCACCCCCCUCUUUCUCCUGGCCACUGUCCUCGCCCUUAUUUCCCUCCUCUUCCUCCUCAACGCUAAGGCGCUGAGCCGGCAUGCCAGCCCACGGCAAGUAUUGGAACUAGAGGACCACGACCUAGAAGGAGCGCCUCAGCAUCACCCAGACCUGGUCACCUACAUCAGACAGCUCCAUCUUGUGCACCCCGCCACCGCUCCUUACAACCUCAAUAAUCCCAAUACCACAGACUUCUCACAGAAUGGCCAAAGUAAGGUGGUAGCCAAGAUCCUCAGAGGCAAGCGAGGCGGGUUCUUCGUGGAGGCUGGAGCCUACAACGGUGAGGAGCUCAGCAACACACUGUACCUGGAGCGUGAACUAGGCUGGAAAGGCUUGCUGGUCGAGCCUGACCCAUGGAAUUUCUGGGCCCUCCGCAAGAGGAGCAGGAAAGCACACUCGAUCCAUGCCUGCCUCUCACCCAACCCAUUCCCUAGAGAAGUGUCUUUCAAGCAGAGCGACACCAUGGGUCACAUCGUGAGUAGAUCUGAGGAAGGAGGGCGACAGGGCAUCUACGCUAGAGUCAAGUGCUUCCCUCUCUACUCACUCCUGCUUGCCCUCAACUCUACACACGUAGAUUUCUUGUCCCUGGAUGUAGAAGGAGCCGAGCUACAGGUAUUGAAGACUGUACCUUGGGAGAGCGUGAGCAUCGAUGUUUUGUGUGUGGAGCAUCGCCACGUACCUGAGGGAAGCCAGGCUCUUGCCACCUUCCUGCAGGAGAAAGGCUACAAACUUUUCUCCACCCUUGGUGAUGACUUUAUCUUUGUCAAGACGAGCCUCUUGGAGCGCCCCAGUGAAGACCUCUUGUAGGGUUUUCUUACCCCCCCCCCAACCUCU